GUUCAGAGCAGGAAGAUCAUGAAGCACACGGUGAACGAGCGCGCGCGGAAGGUCCUCGAGCUUGCACAGCGGUGUGCAAAGGCCGCGCCCGCGAUCCUCGAUGGCGAUGGCCUCGAGCGCACGGAAGACACGCCCGAGGAGCGCGCGCUCAUGCGUGAACUUGCCGCUGCGUCGAUCGUGCUGCUCAAGAACGAGGGUGGCGUCCUCCCGCUGAAGCCCAAGGUGCAAGGCAUCAAGAAGAUCGCGAUCGUCGGCGGGAACGCGAAGGCGGCGGUGCUGAGCGGCGGCAGGUCCGCUGCCCUGAAGCUGAGCUUUUUCGUGAGUCCAUAUGACGAGAUCGUCGCAGCCCUCGGCAAGGUCACGCCCGACGUCGAGGUCACGUACUGCGAGGGUGCAAGGGCGUACAUGCUCACGCUGAGCCUCGACUGGGACAUGUUCACCGAGGAUGGCCGGCGCGGGUGGAUGGGUGCGUGGUACGCGCACGAGAGCGAUGAGAGCAUGGUGCCAGUGAAGGAGCCACUGAAGACGCAGUACAUCGAUGAGACGAGGAUAGGCUGUAGCACGAGCUAUCCCGUGGAGCUGAUGAAGCGCUGGACGCUCAAGGUAACGGGCUUCCUCAAGCCGUGCGAGACCGACUGCGACUUUGAGUUCGGGCUCUCGUCCGCCGGGCACGCGAAGCUGUACAUCGACGGCAAGCUCGUGAUCGAUAAUUGGACACGCCAGACGUGGGGCGACGCGUUCUUCAGCUCGGGAUCGACAGAAGACAAGGGCGUGGUCCCGCUCAAGGCAGGCGUCAAGCAUGAGAUCGUCGUCGAGUACUGCAACAUGUGCGCGCCGGCGGCGGCCGACCCGGACGAGGCGGUGAUGGACUCUAAUCUGGGCGUGCGGCUCGGCGGGGCGAUGGUGGAGGACGCGGACGCGCUGAUGGCGUGCGCGGAGCUUGUCGCGGCCGAGGCGGAUGCGGUGGUCGUCGUCGUGGGAUUGAACGUGGACUGGGAGACGGAGGGGUACGAUCAGACGACGCUUGCGCUCCCAGGGCAGACAGACGAGCUCAUGUGGCGCGUGGUGAGGGCGAACAAGUGCAAGCGCACGGUGGUCGUGAUGCAGGCGGGGUCGGCGAUCACGAUGCCGUGGGCGGAGGAGCCGGGCGUGCUGGGGAUCGUGCAUGCAUGGUAUUUGAGGAACGCGACGGGCGAGGCGGUGGAGGAUGUUUUGGUUGGGAGGAUGAAUCCGUGUGGGCGGAUGAGCUUGACGUUUGGGAGGAGGUUGGAGGAUUAUGCGAGUUUUGGGCAUUUUCGGUCGGAGAAUGGCAAGGUGCGGUAUGGAGAGGAUUUGUUUGUGAGAUACAAACGUUUUCAUCAUCGCGGGAUCACGCCGCAAUGGCCCUUUGGCUACGGUCUCUCCUACACGAUGUUCGCUUUCUCCAACUUCUCC